AUGUUGACAGCUCUGUCACUGGAGGUAACAAAAAGUCGUGCCUUCUCCUUUUCGCUACCUGCAGCAAAGGCCGAGUGGUCCGAGUGAAAAGAGAAACCAAUCGCCCUUUCAUUACAGUUUCAGUGAACGAAGUUUACCAUUAUGGCUACGUCGUCAGGCAAAAAAGGGAAGAAGACUUCCAAGAAGAACAAGCUCUCGCUCGGAGAGUUCCUCACCGAUGGCAACGCGGCUGCGGUUUCGCAGAUCCAGGUCGCCGUUCCGGUCAAGUUGAGCAACUGGGCCGACGAGUGCGACGAGGACGAAGAUGAUCGUCCGGUCCGCACCCAGAUGAUUGCCCUUCCGACGGCACCGCGGGCCACCCGGCUGCUGAACGAUGACACCGUUCCGCACAACCCGCCCUACCAGGCGUACAUCUCCAAUCUGCCGUACGAUCUGACCGACGGCGAUGUGUACGACUUCUUUGCCGACAUGGAGAUCGCUUCGCUGCGUUUGCCGACGCGCGACGAUGGCGAACCCGGACGGCUCCGGGGAUACGGAUACGUGGAGUUCGUCAAGCGGCAGGAUCUGAUCGAUGCGCUGUCUAUCACGGAACCGGUCAUUCACGGCCGUCGCAUCCGCAUUGACCUGUCCAGCGAAAGCGAUCGCGGAAGACAGCAGCGUAACCGCGGCUACGACAACUACGGAGGUGACUCGGAUCGUCCUAUGGGCAACUGGCGUGAUGGACCUCGCGCAAAUGCUGAUCGCGACCAAGGCCAGAGACGGCCCUAUCAGAAUAACUACAAUCGCGAUCGUGGAGAUCGCGAAGAUCGUGAACGCUACCCCUCAGAUAGCGGUGCCGGCGGUAACUGGCGUCUCGGAGACCGACCCACUCAGCCUCCACCACAAUCGCCACCUUCCAGCCGGAGAGGCUACGAUCGUGGAGAUCGCGGUGAUCGUGGCUUCCGGCGAGGAGGUGAUCUCUCCGGUGAUCGCGGCGGUCGACGAGAUCGCGAUGACGGACCACCGAUGGAGCGACCAAAGCUUGUCCUGCAGCCACGCACAUUGCCACUUCCGGAGAAGCCCAAACCGGAACCGGAAGAUUCCGAAGAGCGCGAUUCCAGCCGGGAUCGUAAGUACGAUUCGGAGGCUUCCGAGAACAAGGAAAACGAAGAGCAAAAAGAAACCCGCCCAAAACCAACCCCAGUGCCCGCGGCGAACAUUUUCGGAGCGGCCAAACCGGUGGACACCGCUGCCAAGCUGAAGGAAAUCGAAGAACGAAUUUCCGAGAAGCAACGGCUGGAGAAGGAGGAGCGCGCCCGCAAGAGGGCUGCUGCCGCCGCCGAAUCCGCCGCGGCCGUGGCCGGAUCCUCGGCCGAUGAAGACGGCAAGGAAAAGUCCGACCCCAGCAAGGACGAAUCCGCCGAAGAACAUUCCGACGAACGCCGGGAGCAACCGGAAGCGAAGAAACCGGAGGAACCCGUCAACUGGCGGGUGCGGACCACCGACGACAACAACAGAGACAACGAACGGCGGAGGUACAGCCCCUCGCGGAACUACACCAAACGAUCCGAUGAUUACUCAGACAAUCGGGACAAUCGGGACCGGGGAAUGAACCGGGACAAUCGCAACAUGAGAGACAACAGACGAGAUUACAAUCGGCCAGGCGAUCGGGAUCGUGACCGCGGCUACCGGGGAGACCGUGACCGGGACAUGAACCGCGGCGGCGGCGGUGGCGUCGCCGGCAGUGGCCGUGACAUGCGGGACGACCGCGAUCGGCGGGAAAAUGUGCGACCGUACGACCAGCGAGAUCGCGAUCAGAUACCGAUCGAAGAGCGUAUGCCAAAACUCCAGGAAUCGACUGGACCCAAUCUAUCAAUGAAGAACACGUUCGAGGGAUUGUCGGCGGACGAAGUCGACGAUUAAGCCUGCUGUCCAGCCACCAGUAAGUCACAUUUGUACGUGCGCGUUCCAAUCUCAAAUCUAAGCGAAACAAAAGAGAGGUAAGACGGGGAGGGUCCUCCGGAUUCAGUGAGGGGGACCGUAAGUUCACAGGAGAAGAUCAGCUAACUAAGUAGUAUUGGUAAUUAUACAAGAAACACAAGGGAGAACCGAUUUCCGAUUGGAACCAAUAGAUUUUUUUCGAUUCAAAGCGGACAGAAGGACGACACAAGGAAGUACUAGGAGGAGCGAUCAAUAUAGAUAUCAGAAAACAGGAAGAAGCAGAAGGACUAGCACACACAGAGAUCACAUAGGGACGAUAGCGACGGAGUGUGAGACGCAUACACACCUACAGACAGACAGACAUACACACUCAGAGACCGGGACCGCUAGAAAGGGGGUCGGUCACUGACUAGGGGAUAGGUUACAAUAGCGCUUAGAGUGCUAGUUAAGUCCAGACUAAGACAAUGCUGCCGCUGGCAAGGAGCUGACAGGGCGAUGGAAAUGCUGUUCCUGUGCCCGCGAGUAUGGGCAGCAUUUCCAUCGCCCGGUCAAUUUCAGCAGCCAACAACCGUGUGUGCGUGUGUGUGGGAACAUUGUGGAACGGACAGGGGGCCGGGGUAGAAUAGAUGAAAGUUUGUAAAAUAUUCUCUUCGCCGUGUGUGUAAUUUAUGUGUAUGUACCCAAAUCGAGACCCGGCUUUCACGGUGUUUUACCGAACUUGUGCGAAUGUUAGUGUUAUAAGGGUUGAUGCGAAAGUGUCCGUCUGUGCGUGUGUGGUGCAUGUAACACAUAGGAAACAUUUGUUCUAAGAAAAUUUGACCGUCGAUUAUUGGAUUUCUGUUGAACAAAAUGCUGAAAUCGAUGACUGAACGAUGAUGUCGUUCCUACGAUUAUCACGAAAAAGACAGUCGAAGUCAGUAGUUGCAUUUUUUGAUAAGACAAUUUUACAAUCACACACAUACACACAUACAUUGAUUGCAGUAGUAGCAGCAUGGAAACUCAAUACUCGUUCACUAUCGUAGUAUGAAUAGUAUAUAUGUAUGUAAAUCCAGAGAAAGAGAAUCCACACGAGCGCAGCAGUGCUGUACAGAAGUUGAAAACGAAUACAAACCGCAGUUAUCAAAAUCCGUAUGUUUGAAAUCUUCCCUUUACCUAUAUCCAAAUCGGCAACAUUAUGAUUUUUACUCAUUUUCAGUGCUACCAGCUUGGCUUUGAAAUGGUCAUGUUAGUUUGCACAUACUCACACACAUACAUACCACAUACAGACAAAUUUGAAAUUUCUGCUUUGAUUCGUUUUGGCCAACUGUGCGGCACCGAUCCGCAAUGAUCCUCGUCAAGCCUUCGACCAGUAAUCUUCGUUUUGCAUUGUUUCAUUCGUUGGAUUCCUUCUCCUUCGUCAUCGUCGUCGUCUUCGUCAGUGUGUGCGUCUGUCUCAUCGGUGUAAGAGUUUAGAAUACGAUGUGUGUGACCAUGAUUUGAAUUCAUAACGAAGAGAGAUAGAGAGAGAGAGUGUGUUGCCGAGAAACAGAAAAACUGAUUCCAAACUGUGUGCUGAUAGAAUGUGUUUAGUUUUUUGUUCUGGCAAUGAUUUCCCCCAGUUUGUUUCUUCUAUUGUUUUCUCUUUUUUAUACAUAUAUAAAUAGGAAUGUAUAACAUUUACAUAUUUGUGUUUUAUUCUAUGAAGAAAAGCUGCAAAACAAACUCCCGCGACCCCAAAACUAUUGUCGGGGCAGGAAAUUGCUUUAUUGUUAUGAAACAAUAUUCGCUGAUGUUAGGACGCACUAUCGGUUGAUUAAGGUUAGGUAGUCCAAAUCUGAGCAAAUUAUUAUCUGCCGUCGCCUUCUUUUGCGUAUGAUAUACAACUUAUACAGAAUCACACACAUACACCCAUACCCUAAUAAUAAACUGGCAACGUUUCUUUACAACUAACAAGGAAGCUCUUGCUCAUAGAUAAUCAAGGAUGAAGAUAUAAGCAAAAUAGUUAAUUUACUUGUUUAAUAAAAAUACAUGGGGACUGUAAAAAAAAAACUAAAAAUUAUUGCCGCUUUUUUGUCGCAAAUUAGUUAUCUAUUGAUGCUGAUUUACAUAUUUUCUGUUUUCUUCCGAGGGCGUAUAAAGGAAUUAUUUAGUUCUACUACUACUAAUUACCCGUACCCAUAUGUAAGCUACCGCAUACGGAAAGCUAGGAAAAACUAAACUGGAAAAGGCAAUUACAAGCAUAUACAUCUAAGGA